UCGAGUUGCAAGACUUACAGAUACUGUAGAUGUCUUCAUCGCCCUUAAACGAUAAUAACAACGCUGCGAGACCUUUGGCUGGGCUUACUGGACGAGGCAGAUUGAAACACUAGUCCUCGAUGAUUUGGUAAAGCGAGCUUCCUCGCCGUAUCACAGUGGCUCGGAAAUGUCUGUGAAGGAAUCCCAGCCGGACCAACAUUCUCCAAAACGCCGGAAAUUAAGCCACGGUGCGGAUGAGAGGGACAACGACAAGUCGAACAUAUCACAGAAAUCGGAAGUGCCAGUUAAGGACGUUGGCGUAACUGGCAGCGGUCAGAAGAAGCAAGCUGCUCGUCGAGACUCUAUCACGAAAGGCUCGAUGGCCACCAAUUCCACCGUCCUUCCUACAGGGGGACUCAACAAGUCAUCGGUCCUAGCUCUGCAAGUGGCCGACUUGAACGAGGAACUGACCCCGAGCUACCAGAGAUUACGAUCGAAGUGGCAUGGGGUUGCAAGCAAGUUGGAGACCAUUAUUAAACAGACACCGUCGAGGCCGCCCACAACAGCUACCGAUGCGCGGAAAUCAUUCAGCAAGCAAGGAAUCAAGAUUCCAUUUCCUGAGCCUCAGCCAACCAAGGAGACGAAUUACAAAUUCAACUUUCAACCUCCCAAGCAGAUCAUCAUUGGGGGAGCAUUGCCUUUGAGUCUAUGUCUGAAGCACGAGUAUACCGUCGAGCUGACGGCAAUCAUGCCCGAAGAUACUCUGCAAGAGAAAGACUACCUUAACGCUCGCGCGCCUCACAAAGCUGCAUUCUACCUUGCAUGUAUUGCAUCUUAUGUCAAGGAACAGGAGGGGUCCAAUUACGACCUCUCUCUUGCCUAUAUGGAUGACGUCCAUUUUCUACCUAUACUCGAGCUUGUGUCUAAAGAUAAAGCCCUAUCAAAAUUCAGGUUUCGUGUUGGUGUAGGCUUCCCAGAUGCUUCGAUACCGGUUGCCAAGACGCUGCCGACGAAGAAUUGUCUCCGUCAUGCAGCAUCCGGGGAAAAGACGAACCUUGAUCGGCCCACUCCGUUUUACAACAGCAGCAUCCGUUCUGCCGCAUCUAUCAGUACUUUCGAAGACCUUGUGCAGAAAGCCAGGAGUCCAGCCUUCGAAGAUGCAUGUCGCAUUGGCCAGCAAUGGCUAAAGCUUCGUGGCUUUUCCAGCUCCUGUAGGACAGGAGGGUUUGGCUGGCGGGAGUGGUGCUAUAUGAGCGCUUUGUUGCUACGCGGAGGUGGACACAAGGGCCAUCCGCUGUUUUCCAAGCAAUAUAGCAGCGUGCAAUUUUUCAAAGCUAUGCUCCAAAUCCUAGCUGGCCGAGAUCUGCGAGAUCCCAUGGUGGUGAACAGCAGCACCAAGAUCGAACUCGAACGGUCUGAUUGUCCGAUCCUUUUUGAUGCAAGAACCGGAGUCAACAUUCUGUACAAGAUGAGCUCCUGGUCAUAUCAGUCUCUGCGACACCAUGCUCAAAUCUCUCUGGCAGCGGUCAAUUCCCGAACUGAGGACAGUUUCGACUCAACUUUCGGCGUGAAUGUGGCUAUACCAGAGUUGCAGUACGAUCAACUGUUCACAAUCAAGAUUCCUGCAGCAAUUUACAAGACCCCUGCGGAUGAGCGCGAAGGCCUUUUGAAGUUGCAUAGGAUUUUAGACAGAGGUUUAGGUGAUCGCGCGACACUUGUGGACUUUCGGAUACCGUCGCGGCCCAGCUGGUCUCUCAAUAAAGAAGCCACCUUGGACAUACGGGGAGAGUAUGAAUUGGAGAUCGGGCUAAUCACAAAUCCCGACAACGUGUCUCGUCUUGUGGAUCACGGUCCGGCAGCAGAGGAGCAGGAUGAAGCAGCUGAAUUCCGGAGGUUUUGGGGCGAAAAGGCAGAACUACGGCGCUUCAGGGAUGGGAGCAUCUCCGAAAGUCUGGUGUGGGCUCCGGGGACUUCGGUGCCGCUGCAAAUUAUCUCGCAUCUCGCAAUGCUCCAUUUCAAGAUUCCACCCAGCUCUGUCGAAGCCAAGGGCCAGGAUUUGGAAGUGAAAAUUCUUGGAGAUGGGUCACCAGUAGGCGCAAAGGACGCCUUCAGGAUCAUUGGGUCAACCUUCCAAACCUUGACUUCGACCCUGCACGGUCUGGACGGUCUCCCGCUACCUAUCCGGUCGAUAUCUCCUACCGAUCCUGGUCUGCGCUCUGCUUCGGUGGGCCAUCCACUACUGCCCCAGACAACCCGUCCUCUGAAUUUCGUCAUUCAGUUCGAAUCCUCCACGAGAUGGCCCGACUCUCUCCCUGCCAUCCAGUACACGAAAAUUGCGUUCUUGCUCAAGGUCGCAGAACUUCUGGCGGCGACGAAUUCCAGCCUUGAGACCCGCGUGGGCCUAGAGAACACCGAGACGUCCGUCACCGGGCACUUGAACACCUCAUUCCUAGAUAUCAUCUACCCAUCCCCAGGGCCAGGCUUAAGUCCAAUCUGUUUCCGAGCUCGGAUUCACCAUGAUCGAGAAGAACAUCUGCUCCAAGCAGCCCUGGCGGACAAGGAGAUCCACGGCUCCGUUCGAGACUCGCUCACCGCAGCACUUGCAACAUACAGACGGGACUUCCUUGCACAGCCCGGCCACACGACGGCAAUUCGAAACCUAUGCACUCGAUUCGCGCCUCUGUCGGCAACGAUGCGGCUCUUGAAAAAAUGGGUAUCGUCUCAUCUGCUCCUACAGCACAUUCCUGAAGAAGUACUCGAGAUCAUCGCAGCACAAAUCUUCCUCCAUCCUACGCCGUGGUCAACACCAGGUUCUUCCACAACUGCGUUCCUGCGUUGUCUUCGCUUCUUAUCUCGGUGGGAUUGGUCGUCUACGCCCCUGAUUGUCGAUCUCAGCUUGUCGCAGGACAUGCCGGCCUCACAACUGUCGGAUCUGCAAACCCGAUUCCAAGCGUGGCGGAAGCUCGAUCCAAGCAUGAACAAUGUGGUCUGGUUCGUCGGCACGAAUCUCGACGGUACAGGAACGGUCUGGACUCAAGGUGCAAGGCCGCCGCGCGUGGUGGCCGGCCGGUUGAGCGCACUCGCCCGCGCCGCUGUUGACGUCGUCGUGGCGAAGGGCACACAGAUGCACGACUCGGACUGGACCGAUCUAUUCACCAGCCCCUUGACAGAUUUCGAUUUCCAGAUCCAUCUCAGGCCGUCGGUGCUCCGUUCCCAUAAAUCGAAAUCCGCCCGUCUGUCCGGCGAUGCUGCUGGGGAGUUCAAGAACCUCCAAGUACAGGAGGCUCUCGAUACUUCGUCCAUCGGACACGACCCUGUCGAGCUGUUUGUGCGUGACCUCAAUCAUGCGUUCGGCUCUGCUGCCGUUUUCUUCCACGACCCGCAUGGAGGUAAGGUCGUUGCGGGCCUGUGGAAGCCCAAUGCGCUGGGCACAAAGGAGUGGCGCGUCAGACUGCCUUGGUCGAGCGUGCCGGUGCCGGGCUCCAAAGGCGACCAAGAAGGCGGUGGCGAAAAGGAGAUGUGUACUCUCAACAAGGACGGUGUCCUGGCUGAAAUCGCCAUGCUGGGAGACGGUAUGGUCAAGGAUAUCACCGUGAAGGAGGAGUAGUAAUAGUAGUAUCUGAUACCGUCGACCAGUGUGUCUAAGCGGACAAGGAAAUGGUUUGAUAAUGUGAUCAUAGUCCGAGCAUUGGGAUCACAAUAAUGUAUCCUCCUACAUCUCUCUGUCUAUGCAUACUUCAUAAUGUACAUGCCAUCCUGAAGAAACGACGCGCGCAGAGCCCCGUGUGACACCUCUAUGGUGGAUGUAACAAAAUAUCACAUAGAAGAUCAGGGUUAACAUUCCACUCUUUUCGGCCGAAGCAGAACCGUUAUGCCAUAAGGAUUCUAAAUGUAUUUCCUCUCAGGAUCGACGAGAUCCAAAAGUUC